CAUAUCGAGCUCAAGUCUCCAUCAAUUAACAGUAAGAGGCGAGAACAGGACGCUCUCUGACUCUGACUGUCUGCGCUCUGCACCAAACUCCACCUGCUCUCUGCUGUUUUAUUCUUUUGUUUUGUUUUAUCUCACACACACAGACACACACGGACACACGCAGACACACAACCCGGAUUAAAUUACGCAUUGCACCUUUAAGAAGCUGUCACCGGGAUUAGAGUUACGCGCUGUGAGCCAAGUCUCCCUCCGGAGGGGUUUUACGCACCGUCGGUAUCCAGACUGAGGCUCUCCUCCCUCUGCCCUUCCUCCUCCUCCUCCUCCUCCUCCUCUUCUUCUUCUGCUCCUUCUUCUUCUUCUUCCUCGCUGGUUCCGACCACUCUAACCCGGGAGCCCUCCACGCACCCUCGACAUGGCCGAGAUAGGGAAAGGGGUCACCGCCGGGAAACUGGCCAUCAACGUCCAGAAGCGGCUCACCAGGGCGCAGGAGAAGGUCCUGCAGAAGCUCGGCAAAGCAGACGAGACCCGAGACGCCGCCUUCGAGGAGAUGGUGGCCAACUUCAACAAGCAGAUGGCAGAAGGCACCAAACUGCAGAAAGACCUGAAAGCCUACGUGACAGCAGUGAAAACUCUGCACGAUGCGUCGCGGCGGCUGCAGGACUGUCUGGCCGACAUGUACGAACCCGACUGGUUUGGCAAAGAGGAAAUGGACGCGUUGGCAGAGGACACAGACACUCUGUGGUUGGACUAUCACCAGAACAUCACGGACAAAUCUCUGAUGUGCAUGGACACGUACCUGACUCAGUUUCCUGACAUUAAGGCUCGUAUAGCGAAGCGCGACAGGAAGAUGGUGGACUUUGACAGCGCCAGGCAUCACUUCGCCUCCUUACAGAAAGGAAAGAAGAAGGACGAGGCCAAGAUCGCCAAGGCAGAGGAGGACCUGGGUCGAGCCCAGAAGAUUUUCGAGGAGCUGAACGUGGAGUUACAGGACGAGCUUCCAGCGCUGUGGGACAGACGUGUUGGCGUCUAUGUUAACACAUUCCAGAGUCUGGCCGGUCAUCAGGAGAAGUUCCACAGAGAAAUGGGCAAGCUCAGCCAAAACCUGAACGACAUCAUGACCAAACUGGAGGAGCAGCGGCAGCUCAAUGAGGAAGCCAACCACAGUGAAUCAGCCGGCUCAGCACCAAAGAAGCCCGGCCCACCUCCCAGUCGGCCUCCCCCGAGACUGACGCCGUCUCCGGACCAGAGGCAGCAGCACGCCGGCCCGGGCAACGACAAGGCCGACGCUAACGCAGACUCCACGACGACACAGCAGAGUGCGGUGACCAAUGGCUCUGAUGGUGAACUCCCUCCAGGAUUCCUCUACAAGGUAAAAGCGAUACACGACUACGCUGCCACUGAUGGUGAUGAGCUGGAGCUGAAGGUCGGAGAUGUGGUGCUGGUUGUGGCCUUUGACAACCCAGAUGAGCAGGACGACGGCUGGCUCAUGGGCUUGCAGGAGUCUCAGUGGCUGCAGAAGAAAGAUAUUUCAGCCAAAGGUGUUUUCCCUGAAAACUUCACCCAGAAGGUUUGAGGUUCAUGUCACCUAAAGAUUCUGCUCUUCCUCCUCUCCUCCCCAAACUCCUCACAUGUGUUAUCUGAGACAAAGUCAAAUCUACACAGCAAAAUGCAAUGGUACAGCAUGAUUAGAAAUGUGCACUGAAAUACAAAGACAUCUCAAUGUGAUGUUUGUGCAGUUGUUAAAAGUUAAAAGAUCGAGAUGUCAAAUUACAAAUCAAACUUAGAACUUAUUAAUUUGUCUUUUCUCUUAUUCCUAAAUUAUUUAUGUUUUGCUGAACUGAAACGGAACACAAAACGACGUGUUAGCAAUAUUUAAAAAAGGAGAAAUAAGUCAUGGAUGUACUGUAUGAAUGUCAAAAUACCUAUGUUGUGUAUUGUCAACAGUUCCUUGCAUGAAGCAUUUGAUUGUAUUGUCAUUUACUUUGUAACACAACAAACACUGUGACACCAGGUGGGAUCGCUCGAUGAUGAAAUGUGGUUGUGAUUGUCAAAAAAACUGCAGGUGUCCUAGACUAGAGCCCUGGAGAACACCAGCGGUAUAAACAGCAUGUCUGCAGGGCUUCACCUUGCGUUGUCAAAAAUCUUUUACAGUUUCUUGGGCUUGUAGGUUUAUCAGAGGGAACAGUAGUUUUUCAUUUAUUUUAUCGGCCAUUUUGAGGACAUGACUUGACGUGUGGCUUAAAUUUUUCUAAUGCACAUAUGGUUUUAUUUUGAUUUUUGGUUAAUCGUUUCAUUGAGGCAUGAAAUGCAAAACCUUAUCAUUAAACUCAGCUGCUGAUUGUUUUCCUUCAUCUUCUUUAGUUACCACUAUUUCUGAAGAUUUACCACUGAUCUAGGUGGAGUUAUCUGAGACAGGAGGAUCUCUGUGCUGUCUUGAACUAUCUGACUGGACUUGUAGUCUUCUUCUGUAUGAAGGGUAACACUGGAUCAGAUUUGGAGACAUUUUUCUUUAGUUUCCCGGGAGUCUAAAAAACAAAAAACCCAUGAAGAAACUAUUUUUACACUGUGUGGAGUUAGUGAAGAUGUGGUAACUAAUGCACCAUCUGUUGGAUCAAAUCAGAGACAUUAAAGAUGAAUGAAACUUUG